AUGAGCUACACUCCACAGCAAUAGGAAGAAGUUAGAGCAGUCUAUCAAAGGAAUCAGCAACUCGAGAUGCAAGUCAAAGCCUCUCUGAAUGAAGUACAGCAACUAAACCAAAGAUUGCAAAUGCAAGAGCAAGCCUUCAAAUAAUCGCAAUAAUAGUUGAAUCAGCAAUUGCAAAAACUAUCGCAGGAUUUAUCAAUCAAGACUCAGCAAUUAGCCAAUACCGAAUAGCAAUACAAAAGAUAAUUGGAUCAUGCGAAUGAAUAAUUGAAUAUCGUUAAAUAAUAAACUCAAUUGAGAGUAGACUAACUUUCACAGGAAUUGAAACUAAAAUCAACAGCGUGUGACAAAGCAACUAAUGAGUUAUAAGCAGCAAAACAUGAAAUAUUGCUUUUAUAGAAAAAUGCUGAAAAUUUGAAUGUAGUUAAAUCGUAAUAACUUGUAUAACAAGAUGCCAAUGCCAAGAGAGUGAUUGAAGAUUUGAAUGAUAAAUUGAGAGUCUUUUCAGUUCAAUCUCAAAAACAAAUUGAACAAUUACAAUAAGAAUUGGCUAUAAAAAAAUAAGAAAUUGAUCGACUCAGUUAAGAACUCAUUUCUAGAAAGAAUGAAAUCUAUCAACAAUAAUAGAAGAUCGAAGCCAUCAAUAUUGCCAAGAACAAUUAGAUCUCGUAAUUGGAAUCCUUGUCCAAGAAGUAAUUGCAGGAGUACAAUGAUAAACUCAAUCAGUUCCAAUCUCAAGCCUAAAUGAGAAUCGAUUAACUCAACCAAGACAUCAGUAAUAAGACUGCUAUGCUCGAAAAAGCCAAUCAAGAAAUUGCUCAAAAGAAACAAGAGAUCUAAGCAAAUAACAAGCAUUUUGAGUAAGUCAGCAACCAAUACCAAUCGAAGAUUUAAGAGAUGAUGGGCAGAUUGAAUGAGCUUCAAUUACAGGCUGAGAAGGAGUAAAAUCAAUUUGGAAGAACCAAAGAUGAUUUCCAAGUCAAAGUCCAGAAUUUAUCCAGAGACUUGAGUAUUCAAUAGCAACAAAGCAAUUAAUUUGCGUAGUCCAUGCAAAAGGAAAACUAGCAAUUAAAACAAGAAAUCAUCAAUUUACAAUAGCAAAUAGCUUAAAAGCAUUAGCAAUAUAGCGAGUAGAAAUCUUAAGCUGAUGCGUAGAUCAACAAGUUGAAUAUAGAAAUCAGUAAGUUAAAGACUGACUUGACUGUUAAACAACAAUAACUAGAAUCAAGUGAGCAGCAAUUCAAUCAAUAUAAGAUGACAACAACUAAAUAGAUUGACUCUAUGAUUCAAUAAUUCGAGUAGAGAUAAACUGAAAUUCAUUAGGAUAACGAAGCCUAAUCUAACAGAUUGCUUGUUCAAAAUAAAUAAAUGCUUGAGAAAACGGUUGAGGAACACAAGAAACAAAUUGAAUAGUUGGAUAGGUUUUGGAAUGACAAGUACAGAUAGUUGAGUGAAUAAGGAGGGUAGGACUAAUAGAGGAUUACUUAACAGUAUUUGACCAUUAUUGCUGAGAAUGAGAGAAAGUUUUAGAAUUUAUUUAAGAAUCAGGAAUAAUCAUAUUUGUCUUAAUUGGAAGCAUAAGAAUAGCAUUUUGAAAUGCAAAUUAAUCAACUGUCAAAUCAAUUGAAGUAGGUUAGUGGAGAGAAGGAGUCCUUGCAUACGCAAUUGGUCACUGCUUAGGCCUAAUUGAGAGAUUUCGAUUAGAAGGUGAGAGAAUUGCAUUACCAUGGGUAGACGAAAUCAGAGUAGGCUUACUUGUAGAUAAAUGGAUUGCAAAGUAGUAAGGAAGGUAAUGAUUAUAAGUUAUUAUUAAAUAGAGUUGUUCGCAUUCAUAAAGGAGAAACAGAUUGAGUAUGAUGCGAAGGUAUUUGAACUGCAACAAUAAAUGUAAAGUUUAGCUGGUAAUAAGGAAGCAGUAGAGAAGGAACUGAGUUUGGAGAAAGUGGCUAAGGAUGGCUUAAGAAAGGAGAUUUUGCAGAUCACAAAUUAACAGAAGAUGAAGGAUAUGGAAAUCAGAAAUGAAAUUUCUUUGAAGAAUUCAGAAAUCAUUAAAUUAAAUAAAGAAGUAGAGAGAUUGGAUGCACUAUUCAAACAAGCCACUCUGGAAUUAAGAAGGAUCAAUGAGUAGAAUGAAGAUUUAAGGUUGAUUGAUGACUUCCAAUUAAAGGAGAAGGAUUUGGAGAUAUCCAAAUCUAAGUAAAUAGAAAUAGAACUAAAGAAUAGAAUCUAAUAAUUGCAAAAGUAACUAUCAAAUUAGGAAUGGUAAUUAUCAUAGGAGAAUAUUAAAUUGAAAUAAUAAGUCAAAGAUCUCAAUAAUGAUGUUAGUAUAUUGAACACAAGAGUCAAUAUGUUGAAAACUCAGAAUAAGGAUGAGUCAGAGAGAUUCCAAGAAUUGUUAUAGUCUCACGAUGUUGAAUUGUAGAGUUGGGCAGACAGAUACAAGGAUCAGUCAUAACAAGUGGAAACUAUGGCAUAAUAACUAUUUGCAGCUCAACAACAGAACAAGUAUAAGGAAUAACUCAUCUUCGAAUAUGAUAAGUUGAAGCAAGAAUUUGAUUUGCUCAAUAGAUAAUACUAAUCAUUGCAGGAGAAUAGUUUGAGGAAUAGCAAUAUUAAGGAAAAUGCCAAGAAUGUAGAAAUGUAGUAAUUGCAAGAACAUUACGAAUAAUAGGUGAUAUAACUGCAAAAGGAAAUUGAUUUUUUGAGAGAAAACAAGGUCAAUCUAAGAUAAGAUGCUUCAGUAAUUGACUUUAGUGUGCAGAUUACUGCAUUAAAUGAUCAAUUAGUGAAGAAGAACAAUGAAAUCACAAGUAUCAGAAUGUAAGCGAAUAGGACAAUCAUGGAAAAGGAUAAUCAAAUAAUCUUAUUGCAAGAACAAUUAGAGCAAUUGAUAUCAAAGGUUGAUAUUAUUGAAAACAACCAAAACGAUCAGGCUGAGGCUAUUGAAAAGGCAGAGAACUUGGAAUUGAUUAUGAAUGAAAAAGAUAAGUUUAUUGUUUAAUUAAAGGAAGAACUUCAGAAUUGUAAAGAUUAGAUCCUGGAAUUGGAAGAACAAUUGAAAAUUAGACAAAAUUCAUUGGAUAUGAUACAAUAAUAAGCGUCCUUAAUUUCAGAACUUAAAUCUUAAGUAGAGAAGAGACAAAUUGAAAAUCAAACUGGCGUAUAACCAAAACCAGUUCAAUAGUGUUUUACCAAAAGUAUAAGAAGUUCAACUCAUAGGAUGAGUGGGAAGAAAAGUCAAACUAUUGAAGAGUCUCAAAAGGAAAUCAUUUCUUAUGUAUAAAAAGUAACUGAUGUCUCAUUCAAGUAACAAUCAAAUCAACAAAUUAUUUCAAUUGUGAAUCCUCAAAUAAGUGAAACUAAAUAGAUAUUGAGACAAUCAUAAGAGGAAUUAUAGCAAAGAAAUCUACUAAAUUAAUCCAUUAUGGUCUUGUAGUAAGAAUUAAAGUAAGUUAAAUUAAACUUAUCAAAUGAAUAAUAAGCCUCAAGUCAAUUAAGAUUUGAAUUAUCUUAAGCCAAUGCCAAAAUUGAGUAAUUGUAACUUGAACAGUCCUAACUCAAAAAUAAAUCACAAUAAAAUGGUAUUUGUAUUUCACUUACUAUUUUCUAGAUUCUUCCAAUACUGAUCGACUAAAUACAAUGAGUAUGAAAACUUAUGAGUCCAACAUGCAAAGUUUAAAAUCUGAAAAGCAAGACUUGUAAUAAAAAUUAAUUGAGUAAGAAUAAUAAUUUACUACUUUCUCAUCCAGAAUAAAUGAACUUUAGAAUGAAAUCAAAAAGUAGAAAGAAUAAAUUCAAUAAUUGAAUGAUUCAGAAAAUCAAAAAGAAAAUUAGAUCUUUGAAUUGAAAAGCAUCGUUGAUCGAUUGUAAAAUAAUCUAAAAUCUGAAUAAUCGAUUGUCAGGCAAAAGCAAUCUGAAGUGAAAUAGAUUACUUAUCAACAAGAAUAAAUCUAGUAGAUGCUCUAAUAGGAGUAUUAGGAGAUAAAGAAAAACAAUAAUGAAUUAUCCUAAUAGAAAUUGAAAUUGGAGUUAGAGAUCUAAGAACUAAAAUCCCAGUUGCAAUAAUCACAAGUUAACUAAUAACUUUAUGAGAAUAAAAUUACCAAAUUGAACUCAGAGAUACUCUAAGUUAGGGAGAAACUGGUGAAAUUUGAAUAAAAAACAAUUUAAAUUGAGUAGACUAAGACUUAAAGCAGUUAAAAUAGUGACUAAUUAUAAUCGCAAUUUUAACAGCAAAUACAAGAGUUAACAAACAAACUAGAAAGGUAGUAAUAAUUAAGUAAUUUAAAUCAAUAGGAGCUAAACAAUCAAUUAUAGAUUCUUAAUGAAUAAUAUUAAGAUACCAUUUUCAAGUUUGAGAACAGUUAGGAAUAGGUUAAGUUUUUAUAAAAUAGUCUUGCACAAUAAAAGUAACAAUAUCUGAAUGAUAUGAAUGAAAAUGCUUAGAUUAUUUCAAUAACAAAUCAAGAAAAUUAAAAUCUUAAAAUAUAGAUUGACCACUUAAAUCAACAAUUGAGUGCAUACAAGGAAUCUAAUACAAAUGUUCAGAAAUGGCAGAGUCAAGUAGAUUAGUUGCAAAAACAAUUGCGUGAAGAUAAACUACAAUAACAAGAGUAAAUUAUUAUCAUUAUCAUACAAGUUUGAAUAACCAAUUGCAAAAUUAAUUGUUUUAGUUCCAAUAAUCCAAACGUGAAUGGCAAGACCUAAUAUAGAGGUUGCAGGAAGAUAACAAUCAGUUACAAUCAAAUCUCAACAGAAUCUUAACAGCCAGAUCAGACAAGGAGUAGAUAGAAAACUAGACACACUAAUAAAACCAAAACAUUUAGAUAACAACCAAUACUAUUAAGACUUAGUUCAUGAGUAACACAUCAGGCAUGUCAUCAGAGAAAAUAUUAAUUGAAUUACAAAUAGCUUAAGAAGAAAAUGUCAAAUUGAUUAGUUAAUUGUAAGUGCUUCAGUUGAACAACAAAUAGUUAAAUAAAGAGAUAUAAGAUUUCGAUGAAAAGCAAAGGCAAUUAGAAAAUAGAUACAAGGAAUAAUACUCGAGAAUUCAAUUAGAACAUGACCUUUCAUUUAAAAGGAUUGAAUAGGAAAAUGUGAAACUAAUUAGCUAAGUUGAGGUGUAUUAGAAAAAGUAAUAACAAUAAGAAAUUCUAAUUGACGAUUACAUAGCAUAGGUUGAAAAGUUAAAUAUCAUCAACAAUCAACUAUAAUCGUAGUUAUUAUUGGUGUAAAAGGACAACUCCAAUUUUUACAAGGACUAAGAUAAAUAGAUCUAUAGGUUAAGUGAAAUCAAUUAACAAUUAUUAACUUAAAUAACAUAAUUAAAUAAUUAAAAGAAUACAGAUCAAUUACAAAUUAAAGAUUUGAUAGUUAUUAAGUAGACUUUGGAUGAAUAAUUGAGUUAACAUUCAGAGGAAAUAAUAUCUUUGAAUGAGAGACUUAAAGAUCUAUCUGAUUAAAACACCUAAUUAACUCAUAUGAAUUCAGGAUAUCUAAGUUAGAUAACUGGAUUGUAAGCUUAGAUCUCUGAGAUGUAAAUUAAAUUCUCUCAGAAUAUCUAUGAAAACAAACCAAGAUUCAGUGAUCAAUAACCAAGAUAGUCCACUUCUAGCAAUAGUAGGUAAAUUGAAGAAUUAAAUAACAAGAUUAUUAGUUUAAACAAUUAAGUCAAUAUUUUGAAUUAAUAAAAGUCUUAAAUUUAAUAAGAAUUGAUUUCAGUAAGAAAACAGUUACAAAAUGAGUAAGAUGACAAAUUUUCAUAGCAAUCUCGAUAAAACAGAUCAAAUCAAUAUAAAAUAGCAAGUGAAAUGGAGGAAAGAAUUAGGUAAUUGUAGCAAUAAUUGGAAGAGGAGAAACUAGGAAAAUAUUCGAAUAAUAGUGAAAUUGAAUUGAAAAACAAAUAAAUCAUGAUUUUAGAAUAGAACAAUAAAAAAUUAUAAUAAUAGUUGGAAUAAUUGAAUCAAUAGAUUGAAGAGGAGAAAUCUCUACUUUAUAAGGAGAUUGAUUAGUUGUCUGAGUAGAAUAAACGAACAAAACAAUUGAGGACUUCUGAGUAUGAUAUUGAAUUCAGAAACUCAGUUAAAUAAAGCGAAAGUCUUAAGUAGGAAUUAUUGUAAGCCAAUCAAAUCAUUAAGAAGUAGUAGAGUCGUAUCACAACUUUGGAGGAUUAAAUUACGAAAUAAAAUAAUGGAUCCCUAGAAAUGGAUAGAUAAAAUAGGUUUAUUCUAGAGUUAGAGGAGAAGCUUAAAGGAAAUCAACGUAAAUAUGAGAUUGAAAUUAAGGAACUUAAAAAUGAUAAGCAAUCUCUCAAUUAAUAGUUAGAAAAGGUUCAAUAUGAAUUAUAAGAAAUUAAAUCUAAAUAUCAUGUUGAAUUAGAAAAAACAGAAUAAAAGUUAUAGAAAGAAAAUCAGCGAUUCUCUUUGUAAUUAAAUGAUAAAGCAGCUUAUUUGAGUCAAUUAGAGGUGAAAAAUAGAUAGUUGAAAGAAGAAAUUCUGAAUUAAUAAGAAAGAUACGAUGACAAAUUAAGAUAGGCUAAUGAGAGAAUCAAAGAAGUAACUGAGGAUUUAGAGAUAAUGAUUGAUAAUUAUAAGAAGGAAAAGCAAGUAUUUAAUAUAAAAAAAUAAUUUAGUUAAGUUAGUAAUGGGAGAAAUAGAAUGAAGAUCUACGUAGACAAUUGCAAUCGUCAGUUGAUGAUGUUAAGAUUAAGACUGAAAGAUUGAGUGUGGAAAAAUAUGAAAGGAUGUCCUUAGAUAGUAGAAAAUAGAUUGAACAAGUUUAAUAAUAAUUAAAUAAUGAGAUAAAUGGAUUGAAAUAAGAUAUUAGAUUAAAAAACGAGUAAAUCAAUUAGUUAAAAUCUACUAAUUAAUCUCUUUAAUAGAAAUUGACUAAAUUUGAAACAUAUAUUCGGGAUUUGGAAGAUUAAUUGUAAUAGUUUUCAAAUAAAGAAGAGUAAUUAUUGAGAGAGUUGAACUAAUCAAAAAAUUAAUCUUUAGCAGAUUCCUUAAAUGUGAAAGUAAUGGCAUUAGAAAACAAUUUAGUUAAAGCAUAAUAAAGAGAAGAAUAAUUAUUACAAAAAAUAAGAUAAUUAGAAAAUUAAUAAAAUUCAUUUCGAAAUAAUUCUGAUUAUAGAAGUUUAGAGAUCAAAAACAAUAAUAUGUUUGAGGAAAUCUAGAUUUUAGUUUAGACAAUCAAAAGCCAAGAUCAAGAGAUUGCUAAAUUGAAAAAUGAACUAACUUCCUAUCAAAGAGAAGUGUCAUUUAUGAAAGAGGUUGUUAAAGAAGACACUAGUAGAUUAGAGACAUCUUCAGUUUUAGAUGAUAAAAACAGAAGAAUAGUGGAAUUAGAGAAUAAGUGUGCAUUACUUGCUAAUGAGAACACUAGACUCAAUUAACUAAAAGUAUUAUAUUUGCAAUAAUUAUUAGGUGAAAUAGGUUGAUGAAUGGAAAGUAAAAUACGAUAAAUUACAAUAAGAAUUGGAGAAAAGUUUAAAUAUGAAAGGUUGGGAUGAUCAAUCAAGAAAUAUUGUAAUGUCUAGCAAUUUUGGAUACUUAUCAAAUGUUAAAUGA